ACCUGUUUGUUAUUGUUAAUCAGAGGAGUUGAUGCUGUGGACACUUAUUUAGAUUGAUUGAUAGAGGGUGGCUUCUACUCACAGAAGGAUGGGGUCCCAGAGAAACAACAGAGUGGACAUCCCUCUGUCCUCUUGUAGCUGGCACUGGACCUCUACCCUUUUGCUUUCUGCUCUGCUCCUCUUGGCUUCCACUGUGGGCAGCCUUUUGUGUAACUUCUGUCCCCUGCAGCACAAAAGUAAGUCCUGCAAAAACUUCACCAGCGAGUGUCUGCCUGACCAGCGCUGCUUCAGUUCCUGGGGCAGGUAUGGGUCCGUCCACGUCCUGUCCUCUCAGGGCUGCCUGGAUGCUGAACUCUGCGACUCCCAUGAAAUGGUCUCUUAUCGGGGUGUCAAGUACAACAUCAGUCGCACCUGCUGCUCCAGAGAUGUCUGCAACAUUGCGCCACAGACCAACACCAGCCUGAUGGACCUGCUUAGGAUGAUCAAAAAUAAUCUUGAUUAUACUGCCACCACUCUGAUGAUGGAGGAGCCUUGGGAUUCAAGUGCAAACUAUACAGCACCAUCACCUGCCAUAAAAUAAUAUUUAGUUGUUAAAGACUGAGGGGAGGCCUGUCAGCCACAGGCGCUUACCUCAGCCUUCACAAGCAGCCAACUAACAUUUAGUCAGAUGUUUGCAUGCUUUGAAAUUUGAUUUUAAAUCUUCUACAUUAAUGUGAAAAUAUGAAGAAAAUGUAUUAUUGCAGUUCUUGGUGAUUACAUGUAUACUCCAGAGAGAAGAGGUUGGACUUGCAUGCAUCCUUCUGGUAUACUGUUCAAUGCUAGUGAAUAAAAGCACCAUGAUUGAA